AUGGGUUGGAAACUUGGUAAAAGCAUAUUUUUACGCUAUUAUUACCGGUGUGGCGGAUUGAUGCAUCGGAUGAUCGCCCAAAUAGGAAAAUUCCAAGAACCAAUCAGGAGUGCUGAGAGGAAAUUCCCACACAGAGCGAAGGAAAAAACUUCAAAGGAAUGUAAAAACUUGGCAGACGUCGAACCAAGUAUCGAAAAAAAGAUAGAAAACAUAAAGUUCGCAACAAAAAGGUGUAAGACCCAAGUAGCAACUCCUCAAAAUACCGUAUACUCUGGGUGUGGGGCAACUCUUGACCCCGGCGCCCAACAGCUCACCGCAUAUUUCAAGAAGAAACUAGAUGGAACCAUUAAGAUAGACUUCGUUUACUAG